UUUGGGCGCGGCGGCGGGUGUUGCGAGAGUGGAUUUCAGAGGCGCUGGUUGAAAUUUCGGUAUUUUGAUUUUUACACGAAGAUCUAAGUGAACAUUUUGCAAGGACUGUUAACACUUGUGCUGCCAUAAGUUUUUAGUUGCAGCCAUGGCGGAUGUGGGUGGUCAGAGUCAAAAUGAAAAUGAGGCUGGAAAUGUUCCAGAAGUGGAACUUAUCAUAAAGGCGUCUACCAUCGACGGCCGAAGGAAGGGCGCCUGUCUGUUCUGCCAGGAGUACUUCAUGGACCUCUACCUGCUCGCCGAACUGAAGACCAUCUCGCUGAAAGUCACCACCGUCGACAUGCUCAAACCGCCACCUGACUUCAGGUCCAACUUUGACGCCACGCUGCCGCCCAUCCUGGUGGAUAACGGGCUGGCCGUGCUGGAAAACGAGAAGAUCGAGCGGCACAUCAUGAAGAACGUGCCCGGCGGCCACAACCUGUUCGUACAGGACAAGGAGGUGGCUACCAAGAUCGAGAACGUCUACAGCAAAUUCAAGCUGAUGCUGCUGAAGGGGGACGACCACUCGAAGCAGGUGCUGCUCUCCGUGCUGCGGAAGAUCGACGAGCACCUGGGACAGAAGAAGACGCGCUUCCUGACGGGCGACACGUUGUGCUGCUUCGACUGCGAGCUGAUGCCCAAGCUGCAGCACAUCCGGGUGGCAGGGAAGUUUUUCCAGGAGUUUGAGAUUCCGGCCGAGUUCGAGAACCUGUGGCGCUACAUGCACCACAUGUACCUGCUGGACGCGUUCACACAGUCGUGUCCAGCCGACCAGGACAUCAUCAACCACUACAAGCUGCAGCAGCGCACCAAGAUGAAGAAGCACGAGGAACUGGAGACGCCCUCGUUUACCACCUCGAUCCCGCCAUCGGUCCAGGUCGACUGACGGCCGCCCGUCCCCCGCGGCCGGUCCAGCUGACCGCCGCCGGUACCCCGCGCAGACCCGGGCAGACGGCCGCCGGUACCUCGGGCGGUCCGGCCCGCAGGCGGUGCUAAAUUGAGCGCCCGCCCGCCCGCCCGUGACGGUCCGGCCGGCGGCUGUGUAUGUUGGUGUGGGCUGAUCAGAACUGCGCCCUGUGCCUGGCAUCGCGUCGGCCUGCUGCACAGUCGUCAGACGUGUAUUGGGUUCCCCCAGUCCGCUGUAUGGAUGUGGACACGCGCCCGCCUUGACGUAGUCGGGCGUACAGCAGUCCAGACUGGACGCUAGUAGCUGCUCUACGUAUCGCAGUGCUUCUGCAGAGCAGACUGACAGGCCAGAUGAUCGCGUUUCGCCGUGGGCGGGUACGUUAUGUGCUUCUGUGGUUACUCUGCGAAAUUGUUCGCAAUGGCGGCGCGUCCGAAUGACCAAGAGACGGCGAAGGGUGGGAUCACUCGCCUAUUCGAUCUCUGCCGAAGGGAUGUCGCCUUCUGAAUUAGCCGCUUGUGCCUGAGAACGACUGAACUCACUAUGUCACGACAUUCCGGGUGGCCCAGGGUGGCGACCCGGGGCUCCCCGCACGGAGAGAGAAAAUAUACUGACCAAAUGUGCGGA